CUGAAAUCAUCAUGUCCAAUCGGCGAACAGUCUCCCCUGUUUCGACGUGCACCGUCUUGACCUGCACAUCCGAUAGAUUCUGGGACGUCUACGACAACGACGAGCUCCCCACCGUCGAACUCGUCCGUGAUGUGCUCGACAACGUCCUACGCCCCAGGAAAACCGUUCUCCGCCAGUCUGACACACGUUUUCGUCUCGACGAUCUGCUGGUGGGUAUGCUUGAAGAAGCGCCGGAUCCGUGCGGACAGCGGUAUGUGGCCGUCGCCCUUUCUCUCGCGCACGAAAAAGGAACGCACGCGGUGAUCGACGUUGCUAAAGCGUGGUUGGAUUACCUCUUCCUACCAAUGCUGACCAUCGCUCGGGCUUUCAGGACUGAGCCUGCCAGCAGCCAGACCCCAACCAUUGACAAGGGACAUGCAGAACUCAGAGACCUCAUUGCAGACCGCGAGCAACAUCGCUGUGCAAUUACUGAGGCAUUCGACCGGAGUUUUGUCACGGAGCUGUUACAACAAGGCCGUGGACAGGAGAUACCUGAUGUCCCGCAGCUGCGGAUGCAAGUGGCACACGUCCUACCGUUCCUGCUCAACGACCUCGACGACCCACCGGGUGUCCACCCGCAAAUUAAGGAUCCUGCUCAGACGCGGGAUAUGCUCCAGUCAUGGACGAACCUUGACUUCAAGAAGCUUUUUGGAUCAAAAAUCAACUCGCCUAUGAACGCCAUCUUCAUGACAGCCGAAGAGCACCAUUCUUUUGCUAGGUUUCGUUUCUAUCUGGAAAAGCACACGUACCCGAAUUCCCCAGACAAGUAUCAAGCCCGAACAGUCCAGAGUGGCAGAAGAUUCAGUAAUGGAAGAGUCUCGACGGAUGUGCGAUUCCGGCAAGUUGAAGGAAUCGACCCACCCAACCCGCAGCUUCUCGAAAUUCACGCAGCUUUUUCGAGGGUCUUGAACCUCUGCGGUGCGGCAGAGUACUUCGAUGGUGUCGAGCAGGAUGCUGAGAGCGGGAUGACGCUGCGUAUGGAUGGCACUACAGACAUUGGAUCGUUAUUAUUGUGUCGAUUGCCUAUGGUCGCCCACUAGUCAUUCUUCAAGCACGGAGAGAGCCUCUUUUUCUCCAUGUAGCCGUCGCCUUUUCCCGUACUGUCUCCGAACUCUCAAACUCAAUCGGGCAGUCAAUGUAACGUAGGUCAGAACUCGAGAGCUAUGAGACAUCUAGGAACAGUACUCCAAAGCUUUUCCCAGUGGUUAGAGACAGGGUAUCCGGACACAAAACGAUCGACCGCAGACCUGUGAAAGAUGCCGAAUUUCAUGAUCAACACCGGUGCAUACACUGAGCUGAGCCUGUUCGCGGUGAAGACACGCUCUCUACCUGCUACCCGAGCUCAUCUCCUUCCUCGGCUACAUAGCCCCCAGCGCGUUCUGCUCCACUCCCUGGUUCUACCGCGAAGGCCGCACGCCUCCCUGUGCAGGCCAUCCGCCGGCCCGAGGGUCAUAAAGCUGCCCAUUCCUGGCGGGGCGACAAGCUCCGCUGUGCGCCAGAGACUGAGCGCCAAUAUCCGAUCGCAGAAGCAGACGACCAAUAAAUAUGAAUGUGCUUAUUAGGACUGAGCGCAACGAUCCUGGUCAGAGAUAAGAUAAAUAACAGAUCGUCGACCAGACAAACUUUUCUGUAUUCGCUUCACAGCGGUAUCGCCGCGUGCAGCGGGAAUUUCCGUCAAAUUCAACGAGAAGCCUCUCCGUGCGUUGAGCAGUACUUCCCUUUGAAUGAACACCGGAUAACGAUCCCGUGAGACGGUGGACACGUUGAACCUAUACUUGCACAGCAGACACGUUCCGGAGCUCUCCUUCAGAAUGCUGGAGAGCGGAGAAAGCGUCAUUGAUUGUUUUGAGAUGCGAAACUGGAGUCGGAACUCCCGGACCGAUGUUUGCCGGGUCAGAAGCUCACGCGGCACUGCACGACGACCCGAGCGUGGUUGCAUCAAGGAAGAGGCGGAAGCGAGGGUCCCAGUGGCCGGAGUUUCAGUGCGGCCUCGCGAGCGAUGUGCACGGGACAGACGGAGCGGUCGUACUGUUGAACCGUAAAAUGGAUCAAAGAGAGAGCUUUGCGACGGCCUGGACCCGGUACUCGAAGCCGAAAAUCACAGCACACGCGUGCAAUCGACUGGGUCCAGACGGAGAAACGCGUCCAUUACAGUAUCCGAUACUUGGUAGUUUCACCGACGUACGUGCUGACGGUGUGUGGUCAUCUGCCAAGACCGGAACAUCCAAGGACCAAAAUUCGGGGAGGGAUCCGCGUUGUCUGACCGUUGAAGCCAGGAACGCACACGCCGUGCCAGGCCUGCAUCAACGGAUGCUGUGACAGUCAGUGGGUCAGCUACUCAAUAAACUCUGACAGGAUGUCCGAGCGCCGUCUCCAUUGAGGUAAGCGGUGAUGCACCGAACACGACGAUGAGUCCCCCGCAUUUGGCCACCGCCACUCCACCACACGAGGUGAUAGAAGAGCUAUUCAAGCAGCUGCACAGUGCGCGCAGUCACUCAAUAAGCGAUCGUUCGAAUAAACGGCAGACGGUAUGGUACUUUCCUUAGUUUGAUUCUUCCUCUCUUCCAGCAGAGCACGCAACCAGAUGACCAACGUCGAAGAACUGAAAUCAGGUAAGAGAGAGCAAGGACGAUGUCGUGCGCUGGUGGGAUGACCCCUCCAUCGCCGGAAAGUGCUAUCGGAUCGCAUCAGUUUGCACUAGAAUGCGAAUGUGGACCUCGACAACCACGACUGUGCGGAUCCCUCGGUCGAUGGUAUCCAUCGUUUCUUGCUCGGAAGGGUCUCGUUGCGGUCAAGUUCAUCUCUGAGCGCGAAAAUCCCUCGGCCACUGCUUUGCCGCUCUUGAUGGCCGUUGCUGUAGAGGCACGUUCCGCCGUGCAUCCAGAACGGUGUGGAAAUGUCGUUCGUGGCGUGAUGUGUUUCUCGUCUGAAAUCCUAGACACGGCGACUCGUGGAUGCGAUUGGAUUAUGUUAGGUGGGUGGGAUGUACUGCGUCGUUUCUCACAACGCGGCCGGCGGACGACUCUAUCGCAGGAGUUGGAUCUCUAGAAAGUCAGUUCUACAGGGUGAGUGCUUGAUCACUCGUUUACAGCAUGAGGCCAUGUCAGAGACGGGGUUAUGGCUCAUGAGAUCCACAGUGGGUACGGUCCGUCGUCGCCACUGGGUCCAUGAGUCUCCAUGCUGUUUUCAGCCCAACAAUCUCCGAGCCCCAUGCGAUGCACGGUAGCAGCGACUCGCUCGAGAUCAAGAGGCUGGAUGCGAAAGUAGAGCAUGGACAGUCGCGCGGAGACACUCAAUCAGCUGACCCAAUCACAAAAAGAGAUGAUGUUGAUCAUGUUUGGUCGCUUACGUUUACCUUCAUUGGGCAUGGACUACGGAUCGUUCACCUCCUGGCAUUUAGAGUGAUGUUUCGAGCAUUUUGGGAAGGUGAAGAACAUUGAUAACUGCCCACCUCGCCUUGAAAAUGCCGGUGAG